GAAUGAGAUCUGAUCUAUCAGCAAAGUAGCUACUAAUUAAAAGGUGAUACAAAAUGUGGAAAGUUGGAUUAUGUGUUGUGGGAGUGAUUGUGGUGUGGUUUACUCGAUGGAUAAACAAAUGGAGGAACCCAAAGUGCAAUGGAAUACUCCCUCCCGGUUCCAUGGGACCUCCUCUUAUCGGAGAGUCCCUUCAAUUGAUCAUUCCCAGUUACUCUCUAGACCUCCAUCCAUUCAUCAAGAAGAGAGUUCAGAGAUAUGGACCCAUAUUUCGAACAAGCGUGGCAGGCCAGCCUAUGGUAGUAUCAACAGAUGUAGAGUUCAACCAUUACUUAGCUAAACAAGAAGGGAGGUUGGUUCACAUCUGGUAUUUGGAUUCAUUUGCAGAGAUCUUCAACCUAGAAGAUGAAAAUACUAUUUCUAGAGCUGGUCACAUUCACAAGUACGCCAGAAGUAUUAUAUUGAAUCACUUUGGUACUGACAGCCUCAAGGAAAAGUUGCUUUCUCAAAUCGAAGAAUUUGUCAACAAAACCCUUCAAACAUGGUCAAGUCUGCCUUCUGUCGAAGUGAAACAUGCCUCCUCAGUUAUGACAUUUGAUCUCUUUGCCAAGCAAUGUUUCGAUUACGAUGUUGAAAACUCAGCUGUGAAGAUAAGUGAGAAGUUCUUAUAUACCUUGGACAGUCUAAUAUCAUUUCCCUUGAAUAUCCCUGGCACUGCGUACCAUAAAUGCUUGAAGGACAAAAAAGAAGCAUUGAAUAUGCUAAGGGAUAUAGUAAAAGAGAGGAUGAAGUCGCCCGAGAAAUAUCGCGGAGAUUUCCUUGAUCAGAUUACUGCUGACAUGAAUAAGGAGAGUUUCUUGACACAAGAUUUUAUCAUAUACUUAUUGUAUGGGCUAUUAUUUGCAAGCUUCGAGUCUAUUUCUGCAUCAUUGUCCUUGACUCUCAAGCUACUUGCGGAGCAUCCUGCUGUUCUACUACAGCUGACUGCUGAGCAUGAGGCCAUUCUCAAAAAUAGAGAGGAUCCAAAAUCCACGCUCACUUGGCAUGAAUAUAAGUCGAUGACUUUUACCUUUCAAGUGAUAAAUGAAGCUCUUAGGUUGGGAAAUGUUAUUCCUGGUUUACUAAGAAGAGCAUUGAAAGACAUUGAAUUCAAAGGAUAUACAAUUCCGGCCGGUUGGACCAUCAUGCUUGCUAAUACUGCUAUCCAACUGAACCCAAACACGUACGAGGAUCCACUUGCUUUUAAUCCAUGGCGUUGGCAGGAUCUGGAACCACAAAUUGUAUCUAAGAACUUCAUGCCUUUCGGAGGAGGAAUUAGACAAUGUGCAGGGGCAGAGUAUUCCAAAACUUUCUUGGCUACCUUUUUACACGUCUUGGUCACCAAAUAUAGGUGGACAAAAGUGAAGGGGGGAAAGAUGGCUCGAAAUCCUAUCCUUUGGUUUGCAGACGGCAUCCACAUUAAUUUCUCAUUGCAAAAUAAUUAA